AUGGUGCGAGCGUGGCAACUUUGGCUCUCGCCGCGACCGCAGCAUCGCAGCAGAAACAACUCUCAGCCGGCCUUCAAGCAUCUCGGUGACGCUGCGCUAUACGAACCUCUCUCAAAACCUGACGGCCUUUGUCAAGAAGCGAUCCUGAUCAGCACGAAUGGUAGACACAUCCAUCGCUUACAGGAUGAACACUUCAAGGUCGAACAAGGCGUGUUGGGGGCGGUCAAGAAUGGGGUGGAAUACGCCGUCACCAAGGAUGACGGAGUCUUUCACAUUCCCGCCGGCACGCGACAUCGAUUCUGGUCUCAUAAAUCAGCCACGGAAACUCUCGUCUUCUCUGUCUGGCUGGAUCCCUGCAAGGAUACUGACCACAUUCUUGACGUGAACUUCCUCCGCAACCUUUCUGGGUACGUCGAUGACUGCCUCAAGGCAGGUCUGAAGCCGUCCGUCUUGCAGAUUAUUCUCUUCACUGAGCACGCAUCCUCCCUUCUGUGCCCGCCAUUCCUGAAUUGGAUGCCGGUUUGGUUGCUUAUUUGGGUACACUGCGGGCUUGCCUUGUUCGCAGAGACUGUGUUAGGCUAUGAGAAAUCGUACCCUGAGUACACCAGAAAUUCGUAA